CUGACUGGGGAGGGGUUGGCUGACGCGCUGGGAACAGUUCAAUAUGGAGGCAGCAGGUCGGAAGUAGCGUCUCCACUGACGGCAACUUUUCAGGAUCGAGCUCUCUGCACAACAAAAGAUCGCGGGACACAAGGAGCAUAAAAACCAAGCUGCCCCGCAAGGCCCGUGCUGUUCUGGGGAGGCCCGGGAAAAAUAAUUGAAACCCUCAAUAUCGAGAAAUUCCCCGAAAGAUUAAAAAACAAACUACAAAACAAAUCUACAUCGCGCCUUCUUCAUCGCCAAUUUUCCGCCGAAGCGACGCAAAGUUUGAAGUGCACGUUUCAAGACCUUUGCCUCUUUCCAAACUGUACUUCGGAAAAGGGGAAGUUUGGAUUCCGGCUGGAGCUCGGGUCUCUCUCCCAGGAGAUUUGUUAGGGGAAGGGGGGAAAUCUGAAGAUCAAUGUGGGAGGGCUCUGUAUUUCUUUUGUGUGUCUGCAGGGUUUGUGCUGCUGGAAGCUACUGGUGGGUGUGCGGUCGCCACUCCGUAGCUGCUGCUUUACCCACUCACCUCUGUCUGUGUGUCUGCGGUGCUGGGGCGGCCACACUCCUCCCGACUUGCCCGCCUUCCUUCCCAACCCCCACACUCUCGGGGUGUCUCUCCUGGAUGUUGCCGGUGAAGAAGCUGCUGCUCGAGUCGAGCGACACAAAGAAAUGUGGACUGAUUCCGGCUGGGAGCCGAUUGAAGAACGGGAGCCCACCGACGAUGUUUAAGUUUUGUAAACCGUGUGUAUGAAGAUUGUGAACCCGGGCAUUGUGUUUCACUGUUUCCAGUUCAGGCACUGAAUGGAGAAUUAUUGUGCAUUGCAGGCCUUAUUGGAUGGGCUUUCCAUUCGUUUUUAAGAAGAAGAAAAAACACACACAAAAACCUCAGGAAAUUUUGUCCGUAUUACCGAGAUUUACGACGGCUGAAGUUUGUAACUAUAUUUCCAGAAAAUGAAAUCUCAUAUCACCGGCGUUUGUGCGCAGCUGUCAGGGGUGGUUUUAUUGUUGGUGGUCGGUGGUUGUAUUUCGGUUCCAAGUGGCUGUAAACGCUUGGAUGAACGUCCAAAAAACGCUGGGAAACUCUCUUCCCUCUCCUCGGCAGCCACCCAAGUCCCUGGGACAGCAGACAAGAAAGUCGUGUGUACCAACCUGGAGCUAACCGAGGUUUUCCCACUCGACACCCUGCCCAACAGGACAGUUACUUUGAUCCUGAGCAGCAAUAAAUUAACAGAGUUGAAAAAUCACUCAUUUAUUGGACAGAUAUACCUGGAGCGAUUAGACAUGAAGAACAAUCUUAUUGGUAAUAUAGAAUCAGAUGCCUUCUGGGGACUUUCAGCACUGAAAAGACUGGAUUUAUCUAACAACAGAAUAGGCUGUCUAAAUGGGGAAAUGUUCAGAGGCGUAUCAAACCUUAUCCGUUUGAACCUUUCAGGAAACCUGUUUUCUACAUUGGCACAAGGGACAUUUAAGAACCUUUUGUCACUAAAAUAUAUAGAAUUUCAGACUGACUAUCUUAUGUGUGAUUGCAACUUGCUUUGGAUGAUUCAAUGGAUAAAGGCUAAAAAUAUAACUGUACGGGAAACUAAGUGUGCCUUCCCAAAGUCUCUGCACAGUCAGCUAAUAACAAGUGUUAAGAAAGAACUUCUGACUUGUGAUGCUCCUCUUGAGCUGCCAUCCUUUCAGCUGACCCCUUCCCAUCGUCAGGUGGUGUUUGAGGGCGACAGUCUCCCAUUUCAGUGUGUGGCUUCUUAUAUUGGCCAAGACAUGCAAGUGCUCUGGUAUCAGGAUGGAAAGUUAGUGGAAACUGAUGAGUCCCAAGGAAUCCUUGUUGAAAAAAAUAUGAUACAUAAUUGCUCCUUUAUUGCAAGUGCUGUAACUAUCUCAAAUAUCCAAAUGGGUUCCACUGGAAACUGGGAAUGCCAUGUCCAAACCAAACGCGGAAACAAAACAAAACAGAUUGACGUAGUUGUCUUGGAGAGCUCAGCUAAGUACUGCCCACCAGAGAUGGUGAUGAAUAACAAAGGGGAUUUCAGGUGGCCUCGUACACUGGCUGGCAUCACUGCCUACCUGCUCUGUACCCGUUACUCUGCUGGCACUGGCAUAUACCCCGGUGGCUCUCAGGAUGAAAAAAAGGCUUGGCGCAAGUGUGACAGAGGAGGAUUUUGGUCUGAAGACAAUUAUUCUCGAUGUCAAUAUGCAAAUGAUGUUACACGGGUGCUUUACAUGUUUAACCAGAUGCCUUUGAAUCUCACAAAUGCUGUGGCGACAGCACGGCAACUUCUGGCUUACACUGUGGAAGCUGCAAACUUUUCAGAUAAGAUGGAUGUCAUCUUUGUGGCUGAAAUGAUUGAAAAGUUUGACAGAUUUGCAGAGAAAUACAAAGAGCUUGGGGAUGUCAUGGUGGAUAUUGCUAGUAACAUCAUGUUAGCAGAUGAACAUGUCCUUUGGAUGGCUCAGUGGGAAGCAAAGGCCUGCACGCGAAUUGUUCAGUGUUUACAACGCAUUGCUACUUACAGGCUAGCAAGUGGAGCCCUUGUUUAUUCCACAUAUUCUCCAAACAUUGCAAUGGAAGCUUCUGUUGUGAAGGCUAAUGGCUUCACUGGAAUGACUUGCACUGUAUUCCAGAAGGUAGCCAUGGCAGACCGAACAGGACUUGCUGACUUUGCACGACGUGAUCCUGAUGGCAACCUGGAUAAACAGUUCAGUUUUAAGUGUAGCCCUGGCAAUAUUAGCAACACACUUUCCAGUUUUGUAAUAAAGAAUACUGUUGCAGAAGCAUCCGUCCAGUUGCCACAAUCCUUGUUUGUCUACAGUUCUAUACCAAACCAAAUGGAAGAUGCGGUCUACAAAUUGCAUCUUAUUGCUUUCCGGAAUGGCAAACUUUUUCCAAGCAUGGGGAAUUCUACAAAUUUGGCAGAUGAUGGAAAGAGACGGACUGUGGCCUCUCCGGUCAUCUACGCUAAAAUAGAUGGCAACAGUCUAUAUACUCUCAGUCAACCUAUCACUGUGACGCUGCGUCGUAUUGCACAUGGGGUAGAUGCUGUUGCAGCAUACUGGGAUUUCAACCUCUUGAAUGGUUAUGGAGGAUGGAAAUCCAAUGGCUGCCAGAUUGUCAAUUCAGAUGAGAAUGUCACCACAAUGCAGUGCUACUCUCUGAACAACUAUGCAGUACUGAUGGAUCUGACUGGUGCUGAUUUUCUUCUACAAUUUGUUGACUUCUUGCAUCCAUUAGUGUAUGUUGCUGCAGCAGUAUUGCUCACUUGUUUGGCCAUAAUCAUUGCCAGUUACGUAUACUACCACAGUGCGGUUCGGAUCAGCAGAAAGAGCUGGCACAUGUUGGUUAAUUUUUGCUUUCACGUUUUCCUGACGUGUGCAGUGUUUGUAGGUGGAAUCAAUCAGACUAGGAAUAUUAGCAUUUGCCAAGCGGUUGGGAUAAUUCUACAUUAUUCUACCCUUGCCACUAUCCUGUGGGUUGGUGUCACAGCACGCAAUAUUUUAAAACAGUUGACAAGGAAAGCAAAGAGAUGUCAGGACCCUGAAGAGCCCCCUCUCCCGCCUCGGCCAAUGCUCAGGUUCUAUCUCAUUGGUGGAGGAAUUCCUAUCAUCGUCUGUGGCAUUACAGCUGCAGCUAAUAUUAAAAACUAUGGAAGUAAAGUAAAUGCACCAUACUGUUGGAUGGCUUGGGAACCAAGUUUAGGGGCAUUUUAUGGACCUGUGGGCUUUAUCAUCUUCGUAAACUGCAUUUAUUUUCUAAGCAUAUUUGUGCAGCUUAAACAGCACCCAGAGCGGAAAUAUGAACUAAAGGAAGCAGCAGAAGAACAUCAGCGUCUGGCAAGCACAGACCAUGGAGAGUCUCAUGUUAAUGAUUCAACCUCAACAUCACAGGCAAACUGUUCUGUAGUUUCCUCCUCUGCAUUGGAGAAUGAGCACACAUUCCAAGCACAACUGCUUGGUGCGUGUUUAUCGUUGUUUAUGUAUAUUGCCCUGUGGGUAUCUGGUGCACUAGCAGUUUCCCAGUACUAUCCUAUGGAUCUUAUUUUUAGCUGUCUGUUUGGAGCCACAGCUUUGAGCCUAGCUGCGUUUCUUAUACUUCACCAUUGUAUUGGCAGAGAAGAUGUACGACUAUGUUGGAUGACAACAUGCUGUCCAGGGAGGAGUACUUACUCCAUGCAAGUUAAUGUUCAGCCUAUGGAUUCAAGUCAUGCCAGUAGAGAAACCCCAAAACUUACCAACAGUAGUGCAGAGUCCUCCUGUACAAAUAAGACUGCAUCGAGCAAUAAUAAACUAUUUCCAGGAUGUAAACUGACUAAUCUUCAUGCUGCAGCAGUACAGAACCAGAUUGUUCCUUUGGCAAGUAACAUAUCAACGCAACUUGACAACAGCCUUACAGAACAUUCAAUGGACAAUGAUCUAAAGAUGCAUGUGGCUCCUGUUGAAGUGCCGUACCGUUCUAAUGGACAAGUAAACAGGCAUCAUAAAAACCGGACUAGGGCACACCAAACUCAUCGACACAGCAGGCUGACUGUGUUACGAGAGUAUGCAUAUGAUGUGCCUACAAGUGUAGAAGGAAGUGUGCACAAUAGCCAGCCAAGGAGUAGACACAGUAACCAUGAGAGUCAUCAUGGGAGUAGGAGGUCCCGCUCUGCCUUUAGAGAACGCCAUCAAAGCCACAGCCAACCUGAUAAUAGUGAUGUCAGUUACACACUGACACAAUGCAAUCAAAAUGUAGUAAAGGAUGGAGUCAGUAGUAGUAAAGACAGCCUGCAACAGCCCAUAGUGGUCGAACUUGAGAACCAUAAAUCUUAUGGCCUUAAUUUGGCUAGUCAAAAUGGACUGCUGAAAGGCAGUGGCCUAGAUGUCCCUUUGCUAAAUGCAGACAGCACUGGAAACAUCAGAACUGGAUUUUGGAGAAACGAAACUACUGUGUAGUUUGCAAAAAUUCUAAUUUUUAAAAAAUAAAACUGUGACAUGCAUUCCUUUUCAGUUAACGUUAUUGUAAAAAAUGUUUACAAAAUUGUUUUACGUUGUAACGAAACCGAAGGUACAAUCUAACAUCUGAUAUGUGAAGCUUUAAUUUGCUUGUAUCUCAUUUUAUACCUUUUUCAACAACCCAAAUUUCUCAAUCAAUUGUGUGAAGAGACAGUGAGAGCAGUUUCUAUUCUGAUAGCAUUUAGUCCUGUUUUGUUUCACAGUACUGGAUGUUCUUAAACUUAUACAUAAAAUUGCAUGCAAAAUGGAGUUCAGCAUUGGCUAUAUCUAGGUCUGGAUAUGUAAUUUUCUACAUAAUAAAAGGUUUGCCUUGUGACAGGA